AUGCACAAGAUCACAACGUGGAACGUCCGCGGAAUGAGUCAAGGGAAACUGGACAUCAUCAAGCGAGAAAUGACCAGACUCAACAUAGAUUUGCUUGGAAUCAGUGAAUUACACUGGAAAGAUAACGGCCACUUCCAAUCGGAUGACUUUUCAGUGUAUUAUUCUGGACAUCAAGAACUUAGAACGAAUGGAGUGGCCUUCAUAGCACACAAGAACAUCACCCAUGCAGUCGAGAGCUACACCACCAUUAGUGACCGCAUAAUGGCCAUUUGUAUCCGUGGAAAGCCGCUCAAUAUCACGGUUUUACAAGUCUGUGCACCAAUGACAGAUGCUCCAGAAGAUGAAAGCAAAUGCUUUUAUGCCAAAAUUGAGGAAGCACUGGAACAGGUGCCCAAAAAGUAUAUCGUUUAUAUCAUAGGCAACAACGCAAAGGUUGGCAGUCAGGAAGAAUGGAACAUCGUAGGCUGGUUUGGACUGGGUAAAAGGAACGAUGCUGGUGAAUGUUUGGUCCGAUUCUGUCAUGAAAACCAUCUCAGGGUCUCAAAUACAUGGUUCAUGCAACCUAAAUGCUGUCUGUACACCUGGACAGCCCCCAAUGGACAGCAUCGCAAUCAGAUUGACUACAUCCUUUGCAGUCAAUGCUGGAAAAGUUCAGUCCUUGCCAUCAAAACAUUCCCUGGUGCUGAAUGCGGUUCUGACCACGAGCUGCUUGUAGCCACCAUCAAGGUGAAAUUCUGCAACAUUAAAAAGAAUGCUCCACCAAAGCGAUUUGAUGUCUCCAAGGUUCCUGUUUUAUACACAGAACAGAUUAUAACUGUGUGGCACUGCAGAAAAAAAGCUGGAUGA